CACUUAAUAAAUAUCCUACUUUUGAAGAAAUCAACCAAAAAAAAACCUACAAAAUUCCAUAUGAUCACAAAAUUAGCCUGCUCCACGAGUGAUCCCUCUUCCCUGAUUGCGCAAAAUAACUGUUGAAUUUCCGCAAAAGCUGUGCGAGGCAAGUGAUUGUGAGGGAAUACCGAAGGACUCACGAUGCUUUCACUUUCUAAGCGAGUAUUCUGAUUCAAGAAAAUCAACAAAAUCAACGGCAAAAUUAUCAAUGAUGCGUGUGUUCAUCAGAUUCCUUCACAAUCUCACCAGAUUGAGCUCCAACAUUACACCAAUCUUACCCUCCAUCAAUACGAAAACACAUCUCAAAAAUCUUCCAUAUCAGUCAAAGAUAAAAACAUUGUGUGACGAAUGGAAAUUGGACGAGGCUAUUCAUGUUCUGGAUACAAUGGAUCGCCAUGGCAUUUCAGCAGACUUACACGCUUAUGAUUUACUCUUGCGGGCAUGUGCAGAUAUUCAAUCAUUAGAACAUGGUAAAAAAAUUCACAUGCAUAUACUUAAUAACAAUAGAAUCAAACAAAAUGCUUUCCUGGGAAAUUCCCUCGUCAACAUGUAUGUUGUGUGUGGCAAAUUUGAGAAUCCACGCGAAGUGUUCGAUGAAAUACCCGAACGAAAUGUUCAGUUUUGGAAUGCAGUGAUUAGAGAAUAUGUCAACUAUGGGCGCUUUGAUGAGGCCGUUUCAGUAUUUUAUAAAAUGACAGAGGUAGGUGCCUUACCCAAUAAUUAUACAUUUCCGCUUGUUUUGAAAGCUUGUGCUGGACUGGGGGAGUUGGAACAAGGCAAGGACAUCCAUGAGAACAUAAUGAGAUAUGGGUUUGAGUCAGAUAUAUUUGUGAGAAAUUCGCUUGUCAAUAUGUAUGGUAGAUGUGGGAGUAUGGAAUGCGCGCGUCAAAUAUUUGACAACAUUCUGCAAAGAGAUGUUGUGUCCUGGAAUUCCAUGAUUGCCGCACUUGCACAGAACGGGUAUGGGAAUGAUGCAUUGGAGAUGUUCCGGAAAAUGCAGGUGGAGGAGGUGAAACCGGAUGUGGUGACAUUUGUAAGUGUAUUGCCUGCAUGCAGUCUCUCUGCAGCCGUGCACGAGGGUUUACAAGUUCAUGGUUAUGUAAUUAAACGCGGAUAUGAGUUGGAUAUAUCAGUGGGUAAUGCUGUUAUGGACAUGUAUGCCAAGUGUGGGAAGAUAGCGGAUGCAAGGCAAAUGUUUGAGAAAAUGACUGCCAAAGAUGUAAUUUCAUGGAAUGUGAUGGUGGCCGGGUAUGCUCAAAAUGGGAAUUGCGGUUAUGCACAAGACCUUUUAAGGCAAAUGCAAGUGGAAGGAAUUAAGUUGAAUGUUGUCACGUGGAGUGCAAUGAUUGCAGGCUAUGCUCAAAACGGGUUUGGCAAUGAGGCUCUAGAACUAUUUCAUCAAAUGCAGUUGUCAGGUGUUGAACCUAACUGUGUGACAUUUUGCGCUCUUCUGUCAGGAUGCGCCCUUUUAGAAGCCUUGCAAGAAGGCAAAGAGAUUCAUAACUACAUUGUUAGAUGUGGGCUACGCUCCAAUUUACUUGUAGGAACUGCUCUUAUAGAUAUGUAUGCAAAAUGCAAAAAUAUAGAAGAUGCACGCCAUGUUUUUGAUCGCAUGUCCGAGAGAAACGCUGUAUCAUGGACUGUCAUGAUUGGAGGGUAUGCUCUGAAUGGGAAUGCAACCGAUGCCUUGAUUCUUUUUAGUCAAAUGCAACAGUUAGAUAUCAAACCAAGUUCUGUUACCAUUGCAUGCACCCUGCCAGCAUGUGCACUUUUAGCAGCAGUGCGUAAGGCUAAAGAAAUUCAUGCUUACACACUCAGAAGUGGAUUUGAAUCGGUAGUAAUUGUGGUAAACUCUCUUAUAGAUGUGUAUGCUAAAUGUGGAAACAUUGAUUUGGCACGACAAGUUUUUGAUAAGAUAACUGAAAAAAAUGUGAUCUCAUGGACUGCAAUGAUUGCUGGCUAUGGAAUGCAUGGGCUUGGUAAGGAAGCACUUUUAGUUUUUGACCAAAUGCAACAAACAAGCACGAAACCAGACAAUGUCACCUACAUUGCUGUUUUGUCUGCAUGCAGUCAUUCUGGCCUGGUGGAUGAAGGCUGGAGACAUUUUGACUCUCUGAGUCGAGAUCAUUGCCUCACACCAAGAGCUGAACAUUAUGCAUGCAUGGCUGACCUUCUUGGUCGUUCUGGUUUUUUGAAUGAGGCACUUGAAUUUAUUAAGAAGAUACCACUAGAACCUAGUGCAGAUGUAUGGGGAGCCUUGCUUGGUGCGUGCAGAACACAUCACAGUGUAGAUAUAGCAGAAAGUGUUGUGAAGCACCUUUUUGAGUUGGAGCCCGAAAAUUCUGGGCCUUAUAUAUUACUCUCAAAUAUGUAUGCCGAAGUUGGCAGGUGGAAUGAUGUUGCAAAGGUGAGAAAACAUAUGAAAGAUAAGGGUUUGAAAAAGAGGCCAGGAUGCAGCUGGAUUGAGGUUAAGAACAAGGUUAAUAUAUUUUAUGUUGCGGACAGAUCACAUCCACAAACAGAAAAAAUCUAUGCAAUGCUGGAGAGCUUGGCUGUACAGAUGAGAAAGGCAGGGUAUGUGCCGGACACAAGCUUUGUGCUGCAUGAUGGAGUGGAUGAGGAAAAGGAGCAUUAAUGCAUUGGGUGCCCUUUGUGGACCACUGAGGAUUGAUUGUCUAGUUAUUACUGAGUCAUCUAGUUUGUACCUAAGAUCAACGAGUGAUAAAUUAUUGUUGGGAACCCAAGAUCUUACCAUCAUUUCAAGGAAGUUCGUGUGGAUAACAUGGAUGAUUACAUGCAAACCUGAGCAAAUAACCUGCUUGUUUUCCACAAUAGUGAUCAUAUUAAUACAUCUGCUUUUUGACAGUUUAAAAGGGCCAGAUUGGAUGAUUAUAUGCAUAGUUGAAAAACUUGCAUGACUCACGAGUUGAUCACCUAAAAACUUGCCAAAGCCUCACAAUAUCAGACCGAAAACUUGGCCAGCAUUAUGUAUUUGGGAAGUAGGACUGAACAGACUUAGUAAAUUUAUUUUAUCUUAUCCAGCUGCAUUUCAAAGAAAGAGGACUAUAAGUUGUUCACAAACUUAAAUGUUAGUUCGCCAUUAAGUGAGUAAAGCUGGGAAACAAGAAAGGUAAAUAAUAUUCCAAUUUGCUUUUUGAAUCUGCACCUUACUUUUUCUUGAUUCAAUGUUUGUGAUUAAUUUAUACAAGAUUCUAAGUGUACUUGAAUUAUUUUAUUCAUUUUCACUGCUUCUUGCACAAGCUCCUUUUUCACAUUAUAUAAUAUAAACUCAUUACUUGGCAUGACUGCAACACCUUUUGUGAAUGACUACAUCAAUGUGCACUUUCAACAUGAAUGUGCGACUUAUGCGUUAUUCUGGAGGAGAGUGAUGAAUAAGACUCUGCCAGGUCAGGAAGUUCCUCAAGCAUGGUCUGUGCUACAAGUCAUAAUCUCAAGAAGGGCCAUCAUCCAGCUGCUUUUGUUUUUAAGCAUAGAUAUUCUAUAAUGAAAUGCUAGAUAAUGGUGUCCUUAACAACAUAUAUACUUAAUACAAUCAUUCAUUUGUUUUGUCUGUACUGAGAACAAGACAAGAUAAACAAUUGUUUUGUUUAAGGAAAUAUAGGGAAAAAUGUUCUUAGUUUGGUAGCUUUAAAUAGCCUAAUUAAAAGGCAUUGUAAGAAGGGCCACAAAUGUGAUGUUUAUGAGCUUUGUUUGUAAUUGGGACACGGGAUACUAGGCCUGAUUUUGCGGUUGGCAGUGUUUUGAUUGAUAGGCUUUACAAGGAAGGCAGCUAACAGUAAGCAUGCAAAUUGUUUGAAGAAUAAAAGGAAGGACCUUGGUUCCAGAUAGGUCAUUUUUUACAACAUUUGAUAUAUAAUGCAAGGUAGACACCAUUUUAAGAUACCUUAAACUUCAUGAUGAAAAUCUGCAGUAAAGGAACUUAAUGUUGUUGAACACAAUGCUCUUAUCUAUGGAGUCUUCAAGAAUAGCAAGAUAAGGAACUAAAAUGAUGACUUGUACCAUCUUAAUUGUUGGAUUCUGCAAAAUCAAGAUAGUUAUGAGAAGUAUCAAGCUGGGUUAUUGGCAUUUGGAUGCUUACAGCAUAUUAUGCAGUAUGUUGAAGGAACCUGGUGAUGUAUCAGGAGUGAUCCAUAGAAAUUCACUUAUCAAAGGACCUUGUGAGGUGCAAGGAAGUUCUGCCACAGAAGGUAAUUGUGCUGUUGAAGACAAUUAUUGAAAGAGGCUUGGUGGCAGAUGAUAUUAUUUACAAUGCUUCAAUUGAAGGACACUGUAAGAAAGUGAAGACACGAGUAAUUUCAAAGCUAUGUGGUGGGGCUGGGAUGCUCUCAAUCUGCAUGGUUUACACAUCAUUUCUGAAGAAUCUGGCAAGGAAAUCUGGAUGUAAAUCAAGGCAAUAUUGUUUAAUCUAGGGCAACAUGGGUGCUUCAUGAUUUGUAAUACUUAUAAACACAAGUGAACUAAAUAGGUUUAGUAAUUGUUCAAUUCUGAAAGACAAUUAUUUUUAUACAGUAUAGGCAAAGUUGACAUUUAGGAUGCAA